AAUUGCUUAGAGAAUGACUUGUGCUCUAAAAUCUAGAUUAAAAUUUAUUUUUUCUAAGUGGAUUAAAGUUAAUAUUCUCUGUCAAGCAGCUCUAUGUGCAAAUUUGUUGAGAGCACCAACACUUGUGCCGAGUCGAAGAAGUGAAGAUCAAACCAAACAAGCGUAUAAGAUGCUAUCUGAUUUCUUCAGAUGUGGAAUGAAUAAUUCAUGUUGUCGAGCUAAAAUACUUGUGGAGUACUUUGGGGAGGACUUUGGUCAUGACAAAUGUCUAAUGUAUGUAAUAUUUCUUUUUAUUUUUAGCUCUUUCUUUUAAUAUCACAGUGAAAUCCACUUCUGUAUUGGGUUAACCAAGGCUUCUUUCCUUUAGUUAGAAUCUUGAAAUUCAUGGAAAAGCCAAACCUCAGGAUGUUUGUCAGUAAAAUAAGGGAGCAGGUGUUACAUGAUCUAUAGUUCAUCUCAUUCUUGACAUGUAUUCAUUUUUAAGACAUGAGAGAUGAAUUUUGACGAAGCCAUUGGAUAUAUUUUGAAUGGUUCCAAUAGAAACUGUAAGGGCGUAUCUAAUACUAGUAGUAGUUCGCAUUGUUUCAAAAACAAUGGGAAUGGGAAGACUCAGGGCAAAAGAGGUUUAGGACAGUCUAGCAUAUUGGAUCAUUUUCAAUCUAGGCAAAAAAGAAGCAAAAGUGAUGUUGUUUCUGAUGGACUGGUUUCUAGGGCUGGGUCGGUAGUGUUGCCUGGUGUUGUUGGAGAACAUAAGGGGGCUUGUCUUGAUGUGGGGUGUAAUGGGAAGAUGGAGGUUGAGUCGUUGCCAGUUUUGUCUAAACAAGAGGCGAAGAUUGGGUCAGAUUGGGAGGUGAAAGUGAAUAGUCUGUUACAAAAGCAGUUUGGUUAUUCAUCAUUGAAGAAGUUUCAGAAGGAAGCGCUGGCGGCUUGAUUAGAUCAUCAAGACUGUCUAGUUCUUGCCGCAACAGGAUCUGGGAAAUCUCUGUGCUUCCAGAUUCCAGCUUUGUUAACGGGAAAGGUUGUGGUUGUGAUUUCACCCUUGAUAAGCUUUAUGCACGAUCAGUGCUCAAAUCUGUCAAAACAUGGGGUAUCUGCUUGCUUUCUUGGAUCUGGGCAACCUGACAGCAGCGUGGAGCAGAAAGCAAUGAGAGGAAUGUAUAAUAUAAUAUAUGUUUGCCCAGAGACUGUGUUAAGACUGAUAAAACCACUUCAGAGGCUUGCUGAAAAUCGUGGAAUUGCAUUAUUUGCGAUUGAUGAAGUCCAUUGUGUUUCUAAGUGGGGCCAUGAUUUUAGGCCUGACUACAGGUUCUAUUCUCCAUUCCAACCACAUGGCUAUUUCUACAGUCUUUGCUACAAUCUACUUUACAUUUACUUCAGUGGUCGGAUUUUUGCAAGAUUUGUCUAUAGUUGCACACUUAUAUUAAAUGUUCACAGAAGGGACAUAUAUUGGUUGUGCUCUGUUAUUCUUUAUAUUGUUUCUGCUUAUGUCAUUGAUUAUCCCUGCAUGUCAAAGGAAACUAAGAUUGUACUCACUUCCUUAUUUUGUUCAAAUUUAAGGUUCUUGGUAAAGCAUAGUAGAACAUCUUCACCAGCUUCUUAUCAGAAGGAUUUCUGCCAGCUGAUAGACAUAUAUGUCAGAAAGGGAAAGACUGGUGAAAUGAAAACAACUAUUAUGUUACCAGAGUUAGAUGAUCAAUCUGAUAGCUCUUCUAGCUGUAGCACAUCUGGGGCAGAUAGAAUUUCUCCAAUCAACAACCUUGAGGAUGGAGAUAUUGAUGCAGAUAAUGACGAAAUAACUUCUACAAGGGAAACAGAAAUGUCAGUAGAAUAUCUCGAAAAUGAUGUUGACAUCUUUCAAAGUGUGGAUGAUUGGGAUGUUGCCUGUGGUGAAUUUUAUGGGCAUUCUCCUCGUGAAGAUUGGGAUACAUGUGGGUCAUCUCGGAUAACUGAUCCACCUGAUAAGCUAGAAGAAAGAGUACGAACCAUGAAAGAGCCUUUAGAACAAGGGCCAAUCAUCAUUUAUGUUCCUACUAGAAAAGAAACUUUGAGGAUCGCGAAAUAUCUUUGUGGAUUUGGUGUGGAGACUGCUGCCUAUAAUGCAGCUUUGCCAAAAUCACAUUUAAGGCGGGUUCACAAUGAAUUUCAUGAAAACAAGCUAGAGGUUGUUGUUGCAACGAUUGCUUUUGGAAUGGGGAUCGACAAGUUAAAUGUUCGAAGAAUCAUCCACUACGGUUGGCCACAGAGUCUUGAAGCUUAUUAUCAAGAAGCUGGCCGAGCUGGAAGGGAUGGGAAAUUAGCAGAAUGCACUCUAUAUGCAAAUUUGUUGAGAGCACCAACACUUUGACCGAGUCGAAGAAGUGAAGAUCAAACCAAACAGGCAUAUAAGAUGCUAUCUGAUUGCUUCAGAUAUGGAAUGAAUACUUCAUGUUGUCGAGCUAAAAUACUUGUGGAGCACUUUGGGGAGGAGUUUGGUCAUGACAAAUGUCUAAUGUGUGAUGUGUGUGUUAAUGGACCUCCUGUAAUGCAGAAUUUGAAAGAGGAAGCAAAUAUUUUGAUGCAGGUUAUUGCUUCUUAUAGUGUAAGUGUUGCAGCUUGUCUUCCUGUUUACAUGUGA